CUGCUUCCUCUUCCAUGCAGCAGCACACUGCCGCUACGAGAGGAGGACCAGAAAUCUGCAGCUCACAGAAUGAAGAGAUCAAAAUGAUGCUGUCUGUAAAAAGGGAUUAAACGUUUAGAUCUCUGUGGUGGGAACUGCAGGCGGCAGGCUAAUGACAGAUGCAUCGUGCUCACUUUCUCCGUUGCAUUGGACGAGAAUUGCAGCGGAUGCAAGCGGCCUAUAAGACGAUCUGUUGUUUUUGUUUCUCCCCAUCUGCCGGUCUAGUCUGGGCGCCACCUCGCUAGGAUCGGCUGCUGCCGGAUAAUAACAGAUUUGCACCGCCACCGGGAGUCGAGAAAGGAGACAUGCCGUCGCUGAGCAUCCGUUGUGACGCUUGACUGACCAUGAUGAAGACCGAAUCCACAUCCAAGAGCACCGGCUCUGGCUCUACGCUCAGGAGCCCAUCCCCGCACAGGAACGCAUACGAGGCGGGGAUGCAGGCCCUGAAACCCGUCAAAGACAAUGCUUCGAACGGGGAUGUGCAGGAGGGCCCCCGAGGGCGCAGGUACGGGUCUAACGUGCACCGUAUUAAAAACAUGUUCCAGCAGAUGCAGACCACAUCCCCAGCGGAGGCAGAAGCGGAGGAAGGUGCCAGGAACAACGACAAAACCGUGCGCCUGUCCCUGCCCAGAGCCGGCAGCUUGAACGAGAACGUGGACCACAGUGCGCUGCUGAAGCUGGGCUCCACCGUGUCCGAACGCGUCAGCAAGUUCGACACCAAACCGGAGAACGGGCACCAGCGGGCCUCGUCGCCCAGUUACUCCAAACUGCAGGAGACCCGCCGCAUCUUCGAGCAGCAGCAAGAGAAGCAGGACAAGCUGGCCACCACCAGGGUCCUGCUGAAGACAGAUAAGGCCUCCAGCUUCCCGGAUGGCAGGCUGGAUGUGGCGCGGUUCAAUGGGAGCACAGAGUCCCUGGACAGCCUGGACACCAGUGAAGCCGUGUCCCCAACAGUCAGUCAGCUCAGUGCUGUGUUUGAAAGAGCAGCAGAGCUCCGGAACAACCUCCACCGCCUCUCCUCGACUCCACCGCUGCCCUCCAGGGGGGUCAGCGCCAAAGUUGGUGUCUUGAACUCCAAAAUUAUCACUAAGAGGGUUUGUGCCUUUGCAUCAGGCAACCAGGAGGAAGAGAUAAACUAUCAGAAGGGCCAAGAGGGGCCUCCCAGGGGUCCCAGGGGGAUGAUGGCUCCCUCAUCUGAAAGCAUUAAUGGGGGUCAAGACGGCCCAACUACUGAACUUUCCAGUUGUGUAGUAGAGCCAAAAGAAAAGACUGUUUCAGAUGCAGGUGUCGAGGCCAAAGCGGAGGUCAAACCUGAGGACCAACGUGGGCCCAAAGAGCCAAACAGCACAACACUGCAAAGUGACAUCCACAUGUCUGUGGAAAAUGGAGAUGCCAGUGCUUUGAAGGAGCAGCACAGCUCUCCGAAGGGCAGCGAGAUCACCAGGCAGGAAGGAGACACGAGGAAGGACGGAGAGGAGGAGGAAGAAGACAGGACUGUCAGAGAUGAGCAGUCAGGCCGAGACUCUGUGGAUAUCAGCACAUACAGCGCAGUGGGAGAGGACUUGGAUGAGGAGGAAGAUGAGUGUGAUGACCGAUACGAGCCUGAGUCCAGCUGUGUGGAGAUCACAGGACUACCUGUGGAAGAGGACCCACCCAUGUCCAGGAAGAUCCGCUUCAGCACUGAGCCCAUCAAGGUGUUUGCUACCUAUCCCAAUGAAGACUAUGACAGACGUAAUGAAGAUGUGGAUCCCAUGGCUGCAUCCGCUGAGUACGAGCUGGAGAAGAGGGUGGAGAGGCUGGACCUGUUCCCCGUGGAGUUGGAGAAAGAUGGUGAUGGCCUUGGUAUCAGUAUCAUUGGGAUGGGGGCAGGGGCAGACAUGGGCCUGGAGAAGCUGGGAAUCUUUGUGAAGACCGUGACAGAAGGAGGGGCAGCGCACAGGGAUGGCAGGAUCCAGGUGAACGAUCUGAUUGUGGAGGUGGAUGGAACCAGUCUGGUGGGAGUAACCCAGAGCUUUGCUGCCUCCGUACUCAGGAACACCUCAGGAACUGUCAAGUUUGUCAUUGGGCGAGAGAAGCCUGGGGAACAGAGCGAAGUGGCCCAGCUCAUCCAGCAGACUCUGGAACAGGAGCGCUGGCAGAGAGAGAUGAUGGAGCAGCGUUACAACCAGUACAUGGAUGAACAAGAGGGUGGAGAAUAUGGCACAGAUGAGGAAGAGGAUGAUGAGGAGGAGGUCAGUCCGCCUUAUCCCAGUGCCAUUGAGGUGUUUGAUUUGGCAGAAAAUGAGGAUUUGUCACCCCUGGAGACAGACCCUGAGAAACUGGCCCAUAAAUACAAAGAGCUCCAGAUAAAACAUGCUGUGACCCAGGCUGAGAUCCAGCAGCUGAAAAGAAAGCUGCACCAUGCGGAGCAGGAGAAGCAGCGAUGGCGCAUGGAUAAAGCCCAACUGGAACAAACUCUGCAGGACAAUAAAGAGCGUAUGGAGAAGCUCGAGGGCUACUGGAUGGAGGCUCAGAGUUUGUGCCAGGCUGUUGAUGAGCACCUGAAGGAGACGCAGGCCCAGUAUCAGGCCCUGGAGCGCAAAUACAGCAAAGCUAAACGCCUGAUCAAGGAGUAUCAGCAGAAGGAGAUCGAGUACCUGAAGAAGGAAACCCAGCGUUGUGCACAAGUAGGAGCUGAGGCCUCCCUUCUGAAAGAGGAGUCUGGGCAACUCCAAGAGCAGGUGGCUGACCUGGAGUGCAGAGUUGAGGAGCUGAAAUCUGAACCUUUAUAAAAGCCUUGAUCCGUUAUGUAUCUCAGAAAGCAGAACUUCACUAGAGGAAGAAGAGGAUAGUGUUAUUGUACUUGCAAAGAACUGCAGGGUAUUCCUUGUGUACAACCUGAGCUUGGUUUCUGGUCGCAUUCUGUAUAUGUGUCCCUGGGCUUUAUAUUUCAGCCACUUAACCCUUUUAACCAUGAUUUUCUGUUUAGGGGAACGUAAAGAACAGUUUUAUCAUCACAAAUAGACUUGAUCUUUUUGUUGAGCUCUAGAUGUACUGUUCCUUUUUCAUUUUCAGAGUUCAGUAUUUAAUCCCUUAAUUUGUGGUUUUGUGAGAAACCGAGCUGUUGCUUUUAAUUGCCAAAAACCAUUUCCUUUCUUUUUUUUUUGCCUAGUUUUGUGACCUUUUUUUUUUUUUGAGUUUGUACAGAUGUGAUACUGUGUGGUUUAACAAUCAGUUGGUUUUGUAUAAAUUUUUAAUGUGUAUAACAUUUAACAUAAUAUAAACUAAUGACAUUGAGGGUCAUUGUAUAUUUUAUGUGAUGAAAAUGAUGUAAAUUGGAAGGACAUUGCACUGAAGACGACGUCAGAAAGGAAAGCGCUUCACUGGAGUGGAUGAACGAACAGGAACUGAGGUGUCUUUGAUAUUGUACAAACAGUAACUCAUCCUUUGUAGGGGUCUUGUCACUUAAUCCUGAGAACCACCUGCUGCCUACCUUAUGAAAGUGUUUGUGUAUUUUUUACACAUUGACUCAUUAAUGAGUGACCAAUCCUCUGGUUUGAACCCAUCGCUUCUUUCAGAAAGGACCACAAAAACAAGCCUCCACAACUGCUGUGCCACAAACAAAAAUGGAUCUGUUUUUUUUUCCCUUGAAAUGGAUGUUGUCAAAGACUUGUGUAACUGAUAUUAGUUAGGACUACUGAUAUAAGAAACAUUACUGGACUGGGCUGUUGAGCCGUUUACCAGCAGCAAAGUUAUAGAGUUAAAAAGCUUGUGUCUCUAACCAGCAGCUGCACUUGACACCACUGUGUGUAGCACAUUGAAAACACUGCCAGGUUUAUACCUGUUUGACUUUACGCACAGUUUAAAUGAAAUUGAGUCUACUUGUGUCAACUGUCAUACCAGUAUGUUUGUAUAGUUAAGGUUAAGACUGAAAUAUUUUAAUUUUACUUAAUAUUUAUAAUAUAGUCAAGGUGGAAAUAUGAGCUAACAGGACAAAAACUGACAAAAGCAAUGCAAAAGCAAUGUUCAAUAGACAAAGUUAUACUGUGUCAUGUAAAAAAAGUAGAUCUGGAUGACUACAAAAACAAAAUUAUGAGUACUUAAUUAAAAAAAACAGGCAUGGUUAUGGGUAUUUUCAUGAUAUUAAGGCUUGUACAGUGCACAUGCUUUGCAUUGUAUGUUUUGUGGAAUAAAUGGUCAACAUUGA